AUGAGUGCGCAGAACCACGACUGGCCACCGGCCCACGCCCCCGACCAGGAGCUGCAGCCAGACCAGCCCGUCGUCCAGUGGAUCGAUGCCCAGCAGCGAUAUCACACCGGCUCAUCCGCAUCGCCACCCGGUGCCGACGACGUCAGGAUGCCGAGAGAGGCCUCUGAACCCCAGCUGCCCACAAUACCGAGUCAACCCACCAAGGACGCCCGUGCCGCCUCGUUGACCCACCCAAUGGUCUCCGUCAGCCAGCCGUCCGUCUCCCGUCAUUCAAAGGACCGCUCGCACUCCCCAGCGAGGUCUAGAUCAUCGGCCGCCCGCCCUUCCUACUCUGAGCACCUGCUCCAACAGCAGCAGUACCGCCAGCAGCAGCAGCAGCAGCAGCAGCUGUUGCAUCAGCACUAUCUGCAGUCCGGCCCGCUGUCAGCCGGCCUUGCUUUCCCAAACACCCCUUCUACCUCCUCACAGCAGCUCUACGGGGACCCUUCGCCCUCCAUCUCCCGCAUCGGCGACGUUCCGGCCGGUGUCGACGGCACCCAGCUGGAAGACGAGUACGACGAGAACACCGGGCUCGUGCUCGGACCAUCGAGGCGCAGGCGGGGUCGAAACAACUCGCACUCGUCCUAUGGCAGCAGCGUCCUCCCCGCCGGCUACAACGCUCAGGCCUACCGCGGGCUCACAUCCCCAGCGCUGGGCGGAGGCGGCGGCAGCUUCCCAUCCCGUCAGGGCCUGCCUCCACCCUCGCAGCCGCGGCGUCACCGCGAGGGCAACAGCCGGCCCUCGACCGGCAUUGGCCUCAACGGAUCUUCGAGGCCCAGCGCAUCCGAGGUCGAGGGCUGGCUCCGGUCCACAGCCCAACCCGCCGACGCCUUCGCCUCGCUGUCGCCCUCGAGCCCGCAGAUGCCCGACGGCGGCAUGUUUGCCUCGCCCACCUUCCAGUCCUUUGGCCCGCAAGCCAGGAUCACCAAGAAGGCGAGCGGCAUGACGCUCAGCGAGGCCGGCAGCGCUCGCGGGCGGGGCGGACCAGGCUCCGCCUCCGGGCUCAGCGCCGGCGUGAUGAGUGCGGGGGCGGGCGACGUGCGACGCCGUCGCAAGGAGAGCUCGCGGCGCAAGGAGAGCAGCGGCUUCUCGGCGCUGCAGGCAUCGCUUGGAGCCACGCUGGGCGGUCUCGACGCUGCGGUCGACCCCGCCAACCGGAAGAUCGACUCGAUCGAAGAGUGGCGCGCAAAGAGCGCCGGCGUCGACGCUGCUGCUGCUGCCGCCGCCGACGCCGACCCCCUGGCGGUUGAGGGUGUACGCCCUCGCAAGAAGAGCUCGGCGCGAAGGGACAGCGAUUUCUCUCGUUCCAUGGGCCAGGGCACGUUCGGUGUCCCUCCGCUGCCGCCAUUGAGCCCCGGUCUAACCAGCAGCAGGACACUCGAUGGCCUAGCACAGCUCGGUGUCGGUGCGGGUGUCAACGCUGCCCUUUCCCCGCCCGCCCAUCAAAGGCGGCGCUCAACGUCCAAAGUUCCCUCGGUCGCGCCGUCCAUCACGCGCUCAAUCCUGAGCCAGCGCACCUCAGGUCCGCUGCCGACGCUGCCGGACGUCUUUGCGCUGUCGGGCCACAAGUCGCAGGAGGACACGCCAAUCCGCAGGUUCGUGCGCUGGAUGUCCAAGGAAGGCCUGCGCAGCGUCCUGACGCCGUCGAUCCUGCUGGCGGUGCUCGUAGUCAAGUGGAGCGUAAGCCGGGGCGGCUGGAGUGGUCGGGCCACGCCACCGCUGUUCGGCGACUUUGAGGCGCAGCGGCACUGGCUGGAACUGACGCUGCACCUGCCGACGUCGCAGUGGUACUUCUACGACCUCGACUACUGGGGCCUCGACUAUCCGCCGCUCACGGCGUGGAUCAGCUUGGCGUGUGCUCGUAUCGCCGAUGCCCUUCCGGGGGUCCGACACGGCGUGGCCUUUGUCACGUCGCGGGGCGCCGAGGAUGCGGCGACCGUCACCUUUAUGCGGGCCACGGUCGUCACGCUCGACUUUGCCGUCUACGUGCCGGCCGUGACCUGGUUCCUCUCGCGGCGGCUCGAGGGUCGUGGCAGCCGGACGCACGCCAUUGCGCUGCUGUCGGUCCUGCUGCAGCCCGCCCUGAUCCUCAUCGACAAUGGCCACUUCCAGUACAACAGCGUCAUGCUGGGCUUCGCCGCCGCGUGCUUUGCGCUGCUCUAUACGACGCUUCCGAGUCCGAGCUCGGCCGCCAAUCCCCCGCUCGAUGCGAACACGACGUCCGCAAGAUCCGGCAAGGCGGCAUCGGCAACACGCGCGCGCGAGCGGUCCGGGCGGGUGACGGACCUCAGCCGGAGGCUCAGCUACGAGUACGUGCUGGCGGCCUUCUUCUUCUGCCUCAGCCUGGCCUUCAAGCAGAUGGCGCUCUACUAUGCGCCCGCCGUCUUCGCCGUGAUGCUGGGUCGGUGCAUCGGCCUGGUCCAGGUGGAUCCGGAGCGCGGCCUAUCGCUCUUCUGCGGCCUCGGCCUUUGCGUCCUGGCGACGUUCGGCAUCGCCUUUGCUCCCUGGCUGACGAGCCUCGAGCAGGUCGGGCAGGUGUUUCACCGCAUUUUCCCGCUCUCGCGCGGCCUGUUCGAGGACAAGGUGGCCAACGUGUGGUGCUUCCUCUCGGUGCUACCCAUCCCGCAGCGGCUCAAGCUGCGCAACCUGCUCAGCGUCGCCGCGCUGGCGAGGCUCAGCCUGCUGUCGACGCUCGUCAUGAUCCUGCCGGGGUGCGUGAUGCUGUUCGUCGCCGCGUCCGAGACGGCCAAGCGCGAGAUGAUGGUCGAGGACGGCGAGACGGUCAAGCGGGCCAUGGCCAAGUCGAGAGCGCGGCGCGAGAGCGUCUCUUCGAUCGCCGCCACCUCCAACACCACGGUUGUCGACGCCAACGGCAACGGCAAUGGCACUGGCACUGGCACUGGCACUGGCAACGGCAAAGCGCCUCGGCCCGCGUCGCCGACCGACAUGAAGCGAUCGACCUCGCAGGCUCUCACCGCCCGAUCGCGCAAGAGCGGCGGCGGCGGCGGGGGCAGGACGAGCUCGAUCUCUGGCUCGGUCGCCGCAGGACGGAUGGGCCAGGCCUCCACGGCCGCUGCCUCUGACCUCCAGUCUCUGCUCGCCGGCACGCCGUUGGCUCAGGUCGGGGAGGCUGGAGCGAAGCGGCCGGCCUCGCUGCUGCCGCACGACGCGGCAGGAGCGGAGCGUCCCGUCGCCGUCGCCUCGACGCUGCCGUCGCCGGCGGCCAUGAUGCUGCCGUACGGCCUGCUCUCGGUCUCGAUGGCCUUCUACCUGUUUGGCUUCCAGACGCACGAAAAGUCGAUCCUGCUGCCGCUGCUGCCGCUGACGUUGCUGCUGGGCGCCAAGGGCGACCAGUGGGGCGGCGGGUCGACGGCCUCGGACUGGGCGUGGGCGGUGCUCGGCAACAACGUCGGCGCCUUUAGCGUGUACCCGCUGCUGCGGAGGGACGGCCAGGCGCUGCAGUACGCCGUGCUGCUGCUGGCGUGGAACUGGCUCGUGGGAAAUCGCUUCUGGGACAUCAGGGGCAAGGGCGUCGUCGCCACCUUUGCCGCGCUGGUCCAAGCAGCGGUGCUGUCUCUGCAUCUGCUCGAGCUGGUGCGACCCUACAUCCUGCCGACGGAGCUGCACAACCACCUCUCGACGCGCUACCCGGACCUCGGGCCCGUGCUCAACGCCUGGCUCUGCACGCCCGUGUUUGCCAUCCUCUGGGCCUGGGCCACGGCCCGACAGUGGCAGGUCGGCUUCGGAUGCGGACUCCAGCACUUUAUCUGGACCGGGCCCUCUUCCCCCUCGUCCUCCUCGCGUCCUUCGGCCUCGGACAAGGGUACCGAACCCGCGCUCAAUGCCGCCGGCAAGACCAGGCGCAGUCUGGAUGCCGUCAAGGGCUGA